CUUCCAACGUGAGUAAAGAGUUUCAAUACAACCUCUCCUUUCAACCCCCUCCCCUUCGACAUCGUCGUAGGGCCGUAAAAUGCCAACAUGCCCAACUCUUGCCUCCCAGCCCUCGGGCACGCCCUGCUGCUUGCGACCGUCAACGACCUAGACGAGCUACCGCACGCUCUUGGACCCGUCAUCGCCAAUGCUGCGAAAGCGACCAAGGAACGACUCGUUAUCGUGCUGUUCUCCAGACUGUUCAAUACGGGGAAGAGGGCGCGGAGUCGCUCGCCAGCUGCGCGAAGGUCGGAGAGCAGGGGACGGACAGAUAGUGUCGAUACGGUGCUUUCGAGGGCGGGGAUGUGGGACGAUGUGCAGAGGCUGUUGACGUAUGUGUACGUGCAGGCGACGAAGGUUGCGCAGGAUAUGGACAAGGUGUUGCUGGACGUCGAUGUUCUGCUCAGGGGCUUUGAUGAGGACCUGCCCAGCGAGCUGGCGGAGGGAAUGGAUGUGGUCUUUCGAGUUGAGGGUGAUAGCCUCCCGGUUCCUCUACCCGAAUCAAUAGGUUUAUUACACACGGCCUGGGGUAUUCCUGGUGAUAAAUCAGGUACAAACACACCAAGUCCGCCACCGUCUUCACCUAUUGCUCAGCAACGUGGACCGUCCACAUUUCCCGUUGUCGCGGUUGGAGGGACAUUCGACCAUCUCCAUGCGGGUCACAAGAUUUUGUUGAGUAUGACGGCUUGGAUCGCUGAGAAGAAGAUCAUUGUUGGAGUCACGGAUGAUGCUCUACUCACGAAGAAGACCAACAGGGAUGUCAUGGAAGAUUUGACUGUUCGGACGCGUCGUGUUCAUGAUUUCGUGGCUCGUUUUAAGCCUGGCCUGACAUACGACGUUGUUUCCAUAAAUGACGUCUAUGGGCCCACAGGAUGGGAUCCAGAUAUUCAGGCUCUGGUCGUCAGUCGAGAGACCGUCUCUGGCGCAGAUUCUAUUGCGAAACACAGGGCUGCGAGAAAUCUACCACCUCUACGUACCUUUGUUAUCGACGUGAUUUCGCACAACGAUGCAAGUCUGGAUGCUGAGGAUAUUGAGAUGCUGAAGGCGACGAAGAUGAGCAGUACAUUUAUCAGGGAGUGGAUCGUCAAGCAGAAGAAAGCUGGACUGUUGUAGGAUAUUGCGUCAUCUCUAUGUAUGUUGUGCUGCUAUGCCCUUGUCUUCGCUCCCUCAGAGCAGCUAUGUAUAACGUUCUAUUGUGGACUCU